AUGGGACACAAAAGGUGCUCUAGCUGUGAUGUAUUAAAGCUACAAAUCGAGUUAAAAGACACGGUUAUCAAGUCAAAAGAUGAGAAAAUAGCCUUAUUACAAGAAGCUUUAAUUAAGUCGCAAAGAGAAUUAAUAGCGACUUUGAGAGAGGACCCUAGACAAACUAUAAUGAGUGGUCGGUCACUUUACGGACAAAAUAAUGAUAGUCGUGGUAAUGGUAAAUUAGAAUUUGUUUAUAUAGAAAAUGAUUGUGAUUCUACUGAAUGGGUUCAUUCUAAUCAAGAAAAUCCACUUGAAGAAUAUCGCAUUUAUAUUGGAUCCGUUAAAUCUGAUACAUCUAAGGUUAAUUUGAAAAAAACGCUGGAAGAACAAUUUGGUCGAGUACUUCAUCUUGAUUUGGUGACCAAUAAGAGCUGUGCUUUUGUCACUUUCGAAUCAUAUGAGAAAUACAAUGCUGCUAUAAAGCAAGGAAAAAUUUAUGUUGACGGAUGCACUUACCCUAUCCAAGCUGCUCGUUCUCGAAGAAAUUCACGUAGGAACGAACGGCCUAUAUUUUAA